AUGAAAGAGCGGAUGUCGUUGCAGGCUGACGAGAUAAAAAUUUACAGAGAUCGAGUUCUGCGGCUUCAAGAUCAAUUAAUACAGAAAAAUGACAACGAAAAAAGAUUUCUAAAAAAAUCAUCAGCAGGCGUCAAAUCGUCGAUGAAGCAGAGCAGCAGCGGCAGCGGCAACUACAACAACGACGACCUCGAGAAACAGCUGGAAGAUCGUAUCACAAAAGUCAGGAGCCUGGAAGAGGCAUACCGGAAGCAGGAAAAAGUUAUAGAGAAGAUGGAGCUGCUAAUAAGGCAACAGAACCUCAGCAGAGUUAAGAAAUUGGAGAGCAAGAUAUCUGCACUGGAGAGCGAGAACAGAGAUUUGAAGAAAGAGGUGAGCGACUUGAAAAAGUCAAAAAAUAAGAAUCAGUUCGAUCAGAAGCAACAGCACCAACAUGAAAAGGACAGAAAAAAUAGUUCGGACGCAGAUAAAAACGACGACGAUGGCGUCCGAGGUGACGUCACGAACGAUAGAAAUCGAAACGAUACGAAACGCGUUAACGGUCUCAAGAUGAAUGGCAAUUUAGAUAACUCGCGCAAGUUCCAAAAACAGACAAACGUUCAAGACGACGAUGAUGCUGAUUUUAGUUUAAAAAAUAAAUAUGAAGAAGCCGAAACGAGAAUAAAGGAACUCGAAAAACAGCUAUCAGAAGCAACAAAAAUGUGGUCCAAUGAAAAAACGGAUUUAGUGGCCAAGCUAAGGAAUGCUGAACAUUCACUUUACGGUAAUAACAUAUACAGAAACGAGAUAAAAAAUAAUUACAUGUCUAGAAAUGUCAUCAACAACCCCAACAACAAAGACAUCAACACACUCACCUAA